GUUGGAUCCGUCAGGUUGAGAGUGUCCGGAGGUUAUUGUUUCGGUUCUUCCAUACCCCUAUUCUUGUUUAUACGUUUUACUAUAAAACCUGUUUUCAGUCAGAUUGAGAGCAAUGAAUCCCGAUAUUAUGAAAGAGCGGCAAAACGCGACUUUUAACGUCGAGAAACUGACAAACAUUUUGGACGGGGGCCCAGAAAAGACCAAAAGAAGGCGAGAAAUUGAGUCGCUGGUUUUCAGCGAUCCGGACUUUCACGAGGAGGACCCAAACUUCCUGUCCCGCAGUGAGCGCUAUGACCAGGCUGUUAGAAAAAGUGCCCAAAUGAUCCUGAAGCUCAGAGAGUAUGGAAUUGCAGACCCAGAGGAGAUCUACUGCUAUAAGAAGUCUGUGCACGCCAACAGGCCAGAGCCUUUGGAUCUCCAUCUGGGGAUGUUCCUGCCCACACUGCUCAACCAGGCCACCCCAGAACAAAUGGACCGUUUCUUCAUGCCUGCCUGGAACCUAGAGAUCAUCGGCACCUACGCUCAGACUGAGAUGGGCCACGGCACUCACCUCAGAGGGCUGGAGACCACAGCCACAUAUGACCCCGCCACGCAGGAGUUUGUCUUGAACAGUCCCACAGUCAGCUCCAUCAAGUGGUGGCCUGGAGGACUUGGAAAAACCUCAAACCAUGCCAUAGUUCUAGCCCAGCUUUACACUCAGGGAAACAGCCACGGUCUGCAUGCUUUCAUCGUACCCAUCCGCGAUAUGAGCACCCAUGAACCCCUGCCAGGUAUUGUGGUUGGAGAUAUCGGACCCAAGUUUGGCUUUAAUGAAGUGGACAAUGGCUUCCUGAAACUAGAGAACGUACGAAUCCCACGGGAGAACAUGCUGAUGAAAUAUGCCAAGGUGGAGCCAGAUGGAACCUAUGUGAAGCCACCAAGUUCCAAGCUGACCUACGGCACCAUGGUGUUCAUCCGCUCCCUGAUCGUAGGCGAGUCAGCUUCGGCCCUGGCCAAGUCCUGCACCAUCGCCAUCCGCUACAGUUCUGUUCGUCACCAGUCGGAAAUCCGGCCGGGAGAGCCAGAGCCCCAGAUCCUCGACUACCAGACGCAGCAGUACAAGCUGUUCCCUCUGCUUGCUACAGCCUAUGCCUUCACUUUUGUCGGCCAGUACAUGAAGCAGACCUACAACCGCAUCAGCGGAGACAUCAACGAGGGGGACUUCAGUGAACUGCCUGAGCUCCAUGCCCUUUCUGCGGGACUGAAGGCAUUCACCACGUGGGAAACCAACUCUGGUAUCGAGGUGUGCCGCAUGUCAUGCGGUGGCCACGGCUACUCUCGCAGCAGCGCCUUGCCAGACAUUUACGUUGAGUUUACUCCUACAUGCACCUACGAGGGAGAGAACACAGUCAUGAUGCUGCAGACUGCAAGAUACCUGGUGAAGAGCUACCGGCAGGCUAAGGCAGGACAGCAGCUCAGUGGCAUUGUGUCGUACCUGAAUGAAGCAGAGCACCAGAGGGUCCAGCCUCAGCCCGUCGCUGCCAGACCAACCGUGGUCAACAUAAAUGACCUCGCUAGCCUGGUGGAGGUCUACAAACUGCGAGCUGCGAUUCUAGUAGAGCUGGCCGCUAAAAGCAUCCAGCAGGAGUUGCAGCGCAGGAAGAGCCAGGAGGACGCCUGGAACAACAGUGCUAUCGACCUGGUCAGAGCCUCAGACGCCCACUGUCACUAUGUUGUAGUGAAGCUCUUUACCGAGAAGCUGGGGGAGAUCAGCGACACAGCAAUACACUCAGUGCUGUCAACCCUGGCUCUGCUCUAUGCCCUGCAUGGCAUCACAAAUCACUCUGGAGACUUCCUACAGGAUGGACUGCUGAGUGUGCCCCAGGUGCUGCAGGUUUCUGUGCGAAUCAAGGAGCUGCUGUCUCAACUGAGGCCCAAUGCUGUGGCACUGGUAGAUGCUUUUGACACUCACGACAAGAAGCUAAAUUCGGUCCUGGGACGAUAUGAUGGGAACGUCUAUGAGCACAUGUUUGAGUGGGCUCGCAGCUCACCACUGAACUCCACAGAGGUCCAUGAAUCCUUCCACAAGUACCUGAAGCCGCUGCGGUCCAAACUGUGAGCUGACCUUUGAACCUUAAUUCCUGGUUGUGAUCCUUCAACUCUUUGUGUACAGGCAGCAUUAGCCCAUCAUAUCGUCACCAGUCUGAAGGAAUUUAGCCUUUCCUACUCUAUCAAUCUAUAUGUUGUCAAAAUGAACACCAUAAUCAGCCUCCCUAAACGCCAUUGUAUAUGUGAUAUACAUGGAAUACAUUUUGGAGCAAGGUAGACUGCAAGCUUCUCCUUGGUAAUGAUGUGGGGGGGAAUCAAGAGUGGGCUGUAAAGAGGGGAUGGACAAUGUAAAACAAAGUGAAAUGGAAACAAAGCCACAAAAAUAGAAAAUGAUAUCUAAAAAUCUCAAAUGAAAUCAUCAUUUUCAGCCAUUUGAGUUCAUAUUAUGAACAUUACAUAAUGUUUGAGCCUUUUACUGUUAGGAACAGACCAACAGCAAAAUCAGGUUUGGUUGUUUCGCCUUACAAGGACCAACAUGGUAUUUGAAAAGAUACUGUGCUGUUUGUCGUAUGUGUUAUAAAAGAGGCAUUCAUCUAUCAAUCGCUGUAGACAUCAUGAAGGAAUUGCACAAGGUUGAUGCAACUUCUCUUCGUCACAAGUCUGUGGCAACCACCUUUCCAUUCCAUACCCCUGAUUUAUGUUUUAAUGUGACUUAAACCACAGACAUAAUGUAGUUUGUAUUGGAUAAACAGGCUAGCAAAUUAGAGCAGAGGUCAAACUGAAACAUCAACUGAAGAUCUAAAAAAUUAUUUCUUCUUUGAGCAGUAAGAAUUUUAAUCACUACGCCUUUAAAGUCACUGUCCUACAUUGUAUCAAACUGUUCCUCGCACCGUUAGGUUUAUACUUACCCCAAAAUGUAUGCUUUUAGUAUGAAAUACUGUCCUUCUUUAGGCUAGAAAGGUUUUAUGUUGAUAGUUUCCUCCUUUGUAGAGGACAGUGGCUGGUCCCCUCCAUUAAGUCAGUUACAAUGGUCUCUAAUGCUUUUAAAAGACGCAGAUACACCUAAAAUCUUCUAGUUGCUGUAUUUCACUUGCAAAGUAACAUCUUCUGCUGUAUAAUGAAUAACUGUCAUAUCUGAAUGAUCUACUGCACAUUACUGAUCAUUGGAAUGAAGAAUGAUUGUACUAUCGUGUGCGUCCACAUGCUUUUGAAUGUAUUUGUGUGACAGAAAGCUCUCUGCAGAUAAUGGUGGAGUAUGUCAAGUGUGUAAAAAGUGUGAGGACAGGUCGUGUUUAGUGUGGCCACAUAUUCACUGUAUAUGUGAAUUAGUAUCGUCCCUCCCUGCUGUGUGGGGUUAAAAUAUUAUAAAGAAGGGUCAAAACCCCAGCCAACGUCUGGAUGGAUUAUUUUAAGUUUUUUGUCAAGCCCAUUUAAAAUGACCAACUUUAAAUAAAUCAAUUGUUAAUAUGCUGACUGAAUUAUUCUAAUUCAAAUUUGAUUGAAAUAUUGGCAAACUGGAUAAUCCCCCCCCCCCAGAUUAAUUCUUCUCUGUUUUGUUUUUUUGUUAAUACACGGUCAGAAAAGUAUAAUAUUUCAUCAAAUAGGUGGAUUUGUGCUCUUCAUUUAUCUUGGCCUUCGGCAGUUUCUUUUUCUUGUGGAGCAUUUAAAUGGUAGAUACUGAGGCUGGUCAAUAAAAGUAGCAACAGCUAAUCAGAGAUUUUAUGACUGUUAAUGACACUAUGAUGAAAAGGAGAAAUGUGAUCUAAAGUCUCAUUGAACUGUAAAGAUAAUUUGUAGGGUAAUAAUGUGCUUGAGGAAAAUGUCUUUUCUUAAUCCUAACUACUGGAGAACGUUCUUUCACAAGGCUCAUAGCAAUUAAUUUUCUGUUUUUGAAUGCCUUUUAACCAGUAGAUUUUUGCUGUGAGGGAGCGAUGAUCAGGUUUUAAUGGUUGGUAAACAAUUUGACCUGUAAGUCAUAUUAAUAAAAAAAUUAAAUAAUC